AUGGCGUUCAUGCCGCGCUUUCUACUGCGGAUAGCUGUCGCCACAGCGUUCCUGGCUGCGGGGGGUUAUGGGGACGGCGUGAGUGUGGUGAACGUGCCGUCGGGGAUCACGACGGUCAUGCAGGACGCGCGCGUGGAGCUGAAGGUCGACACGUGGGUGCCUCCGAACGCGCCGCCGAUGUUCGUGGACUUGACAUUGACGGACGGCAACGGCACGCGGAUGGACUCGCUCGUAGCGCCACGGACCCUGGUGUUCACUCACGCCAGCAAUGCGACGGAGAGUCAGAAGCAGAAGCAGAAGUUCUCGCUGUUCGGGAGAGUCCCGGGGCGAUUCUACCUCGACUACUCGCUGGGUGGCACCGACGUGGACAAAUACUACCAACUCAGUGCGGAGCGAUCUGUGGUUUCUAUUGCCGCGGGCAGUGAGGAGGGAUGGCAGGGCAUCUGGUUCCAGUUGCUGUUCAACCUGUUGAUCUUCGUCGGUGGGAUGGCCUUCUUCGCGUGGCGGAGGGUGCAACGUGUGGACCUGCCGAUCUGGAGAGGCCACCAGGAGGCUCUCUUCCAACGCAGCAACUACGACGAUUUGUCAUCUGAUGCGUUCGAUGCCAAGUACGGGGAACUCCAGGGAGCAACGCUGAAAGAACGAAUGAAGAAGUUCUGGGACAUAUCACCCAGUGGCGACUAUGUGAGCUCGACGUGCGGUAUCCCGGCUGCUCUGAGCAUGCAUUUCUUCAGGGAUUGCGGUCAUUUGUUCGCCAUCCUUAGCUUCUUCAGCCUCGCGGCGAUGCUACCAGUGAACUACGUGCCGGGCAGUGCUCGAGGUCAAAAAGGGGGUGACACGUACCAAGCCACGACGUUCAGCAACGUGCCGCUACACAGCGAUUGGUACUGGGCUCAUGUGGCCUACUGCUACCUCGUAGCCUUUGCAGUGCUCAGUCUACUGAGAAGACAACACGAACUUGCCUCUGCGCUGCGUAAACGAGCAAAGCAUAUCGUGGGGGCUCGCAGUAUCUUCAUCCAGCACGGACUCCCGCUCGACACAUCGCACAGCUCGUUACUCGAGGCUUUAAAAACUGCCAUCCCUCCACAAGGUUCAGUCCACGAGAUCACUGUGCUCCGGGAUCUCCGCGCAGUGCACGAAUUGCUCCAACGACGACGCGUUCUCUCGGAGAAGCUGAGCCGGAUCCUGACGUUCGACGAGGCGUACGAGAACGGCACGCUGUCUUACAAUCUGCUGUGUUGUCCGGGGUCAGUGAUGGCUCCAGAGCCUCUCGAGGUGGCCUGGUGGCAUCUGCGCUGCAAGCCGGGACGAUACAUCUACCGCCAUGAGAAGGUGAGCGAGUGCUGCUGCUACUGCUGCACGUGCUGCUGUCCAAGACAUAGUCCGAGAGCUGGGAAAGUCAAGCGAGGCAGCAGAUCCGACAGCCAAUUUGAGACACUGUACGAAAGUCUAGUGGACGACAACACUGUGGAGGCGUACGACAGGUCCGCGGCGAGGAGGAUCUUCGCUCUGCGUGAGGAGCUCGACUUCUUCCCGGAAGACGCGCUGGACGAGUUCGGCAAGCGGAAAUGUAUGGGCGCGGCCUUCGUGAUCUUCGACUCGACCGCAACACGCAACGCUUUCGUCCGGAACGUCCGUGGUCAGACCUGUAUCGGUCGUGUGAUCAACACAGCCGAGUCUUUCCAGCGCCGAGGCUUUCGUGAGAGACCGUUGGCGUCUUUGAAGAAGCCUGAAGCUUCCGUGACGGAGCAACUCGCCCCUGUGCUUCGCAAUGUCAUCCUCAAGAGCGCCCCCGAGCCUGACGAUGUGAUCUGGCAAAGUCUCGCGUACCGACCGUACACGAUCCGCAGAUCCGUGGCCUUUAUGUCGAGACAGAUAGCUACGUUGGUGCUGCUGCUGCUGUUCUCCACACCCACUGCUGUACUCAUGUUCAUCAAGCUCGACUCGAGCAGUGACGUGUAUCGUGGACUCAACCGCCGGAACACCAUGCUGCUCGCGAUGGUGGCGUCCUAUCUGCCAUCGCUUCUUUUGAUUGCAGUGAAUUGGUGUUUGUUGGCGUUCCUGUUCCAUUUGACAAUGUCCGAACCGUCCUUCAGUCACUCGCGCCGUGUUAAAAGCUUCCUCGUUAAAGGUUUCACCUAUCUGGUCGUGAGUUCUGUCAUCUUGCCCAGUAUCGGAGUCACAGCCGUGUACUUGGCACUGUCGGACAUCGAGAAGACUGGUGGACGCUCGUACAUCGAGUCGUUCCUCUACAAAGUAUCCGGGACGUUCUUCAUCUCGUACGUGUGCCAGCGUGCGUUCCUUGGCUCGAUUGUCGACAUCACUCGCUGUGCUGAUACCAUGGCCUUGCAACCGUGGGUCCACGCGCGCUCCAUCACGUCUCUGGAAGUGCAAAAGGCUCUGCGACCCAAUGCGUUCUCGUACGGCCACGAGUACGCGCUGGUGCUGAGUGUCUUCCUCGUCAUCUUGCUGGGGACUGUGAUCACCCCAAUCAUCACACCGUUCGGCGCGCUCUACUUCUACCUGAAGUUCGGCACCACCAAGUACAACAUGCUGUAUGUGUUGCCGUACAGCCCUGGACGCGGCCACAUCGCCAGCACUGCGCUGGAACUCACAUUCGUGUGCCUGGUGGUGUUUGAAGUCGUCAUGUCCUUCGUGUUCCUGCAAGUUGCGGGUCGGAAACACUUCGUGGCGAUGAUCGUUCUGCUUGGGGCCACUGGAGCCGUGUACUUCUCUCGAAUGUCGGGCAGCGACGCGUUGGCGCUCGUCCAGCAAGGGUUCGCUGACUUGAGAGGUGACACUACAGCCACGGAAUACGAGUCGAUCUCCGUUCCUAAGGCGCCUGGAUCCAAGCGGUCAGUUAUCGGCCCGAAGCCCACGGAUCUGCAGGACGAAGAGUCUCUGGUGGCGUCGUACGCCGACCCGUACAAGGCCGCGCUCUCCAUCUUCAAACUGCUGGGCGUUAACCAGUUCCACCAAAUGACUUCGACGCGCACACAGCUUCGGUACGCCUUCAUCAAGCUGCGUCGCUGGUCUCAACGCCCGCUUCCCGAGCCUGAACCGACGAAGAGAAGAUGGUGGCAGUUUAUGAAGAAGAAGAAGAAGCCUGCAAAGCCGAAAUCGUCAGAGGACAAAGGCCUUCGUGCCUGGUGGAGAAAACACCACAAGGAUAAGCAUGCUGAGCUGUAA